CAUUUCUCAAAUAAUUCAUACAAGUAUAUAUAAAAUGAAGCGAGUGAUAACGGUGUUCUUAGUACUCUGCAGCUUCCUACUGUUGUCAACACAAAGGACAUUGGCACAAGAAGUUUUGCCGGUUGGCGACGAGUACGGCAAGGAUACGGAGUCAACGGUUUAUCUGAAACAAGAUGUGGAAGAAGAACCACUAACUGAAGGCCAGCCAAAAAAUGGUACUGCCAAUAACCUCAUCGACCUUGAAAAACUAAGAUUGAAGGAAAGCGGCACGAACAAUGCUGAAAUAGAAGAUCAAAGCUCAAUUUCAGCCACAUUGCAAUCCAAAGAAUCGCUUAGCGAAGAGUCGUCACACCCUCAAGAAUUUUCUUCUUCCGAAGGUCAACUUGAAGGAUCCAUUGACGCGGACAUUUCUCAGUCAAAUGAUUCCGGCAGUAGAUUGCAACUUGAAGGUGCAAUUAGUGCAGAUAUUUCUCAGUCAAACGACUCCGAAAUCGAAGCUGAACUUAAAGAUAAAAUUGGUGAAACUGCAGCAAAAAUUCUCGCAACGGAAAUCGAAGCUGCGAUCAAAGAAAAUUUGGAAUCUUCUCAGUCCGUAGCUGAAGUAAUUGAAAAUGAAAUAAUAACUACAACAGUGGCAGCGGAGCAAUUAGAAGGCUUGGUUUCAACGGAAACCCAACCAGAGUUUACGACAUUAAUGGAUGAAGAUAUUUCAACUACGCUUCCAACGACUUCAAAUGAACUGGAGGAACCGGAAGUCAGCACGACGCAGGACGAAAGCGAUGUUACAAAUGAACCGCUGGAAAGUAGUACGGAACAAAAAACUACUGAAUUGGAUACCGAAGAUACGGACACCACAACUACCACACCGGUUGCUGUAACGGAAUCGCCUUGUGCUGCACCAGGUACAUAUUCUGUAGAGAAUAAUUGUCGCGCUUUUAUCAGCUGCAAACCCACAGCCACCAAUCAGCUGAUUAAAGCACAAACGGAUUGUCCUACCGGCCAGGCUUACAACCCGGCACUGCUGCGUUGCUCGCGGGAUCUCUCGCCAUGCGCCGAUGCAUUGCGCUGCAUACAGGAAGGCACAUUUGCUGAUCCACAAGACAAUUCAUCCUACUAUUGGUGUGUGGCAUCACGGCUGACUGACGCUUUUCACAUUUAUCACAUCCAAUGUGGUAAUGGUCAAAUCUAUACACACGAACUGGGUAAAUGUUUCGUAGAUAUGACAAAUUUGCAGGACUUGCCGCUCAAUUACGAACUCUAUAUGAGUAAAUCCCCCGACGAGGAGUGCGUGCGUGAGGAGGUGAAGGUGUUGAAAGCCGAAGAGAAAGCCAAACUGAAAGAAGCGAAGCUGCGGGAGAAAAUACGUAAAAAAUAUGAAAAAGAGUUACUAAAGAAGGCGGCCAAAGCUGCAAAGGAACAGGCUAAAUUGCUGGGCAUUUCGCUGGAGGACGAGACACCGUUCAAUUGUGUAGAGGAGGGAAACUUUGCGGCAGCGGCUGAAAGUUUUUUCGAUUACUUCAUUUGCGUGAACAAGAAGGAUAAAUACAAGGCUGUCGGUAUGAAGUGCGUAGAUGGACAGAGUUUUUCAACAGCACAAAAUGUUUGUACGCCUUAGAACAGGAAGUUAAUAAAAUUUAAGUAAAUAUUGUUAUAGUAAAAAAGUUUAAAAAUAAAUUUAUAUUUCUAAUCAGAAA